AUGGCGGAUAAGCUUCUGCAGGAUGUCUAUCGCAAGAUAGAGCGUGAGAAGGUCCUGAUGAACGGUGCUCGGGCUAUGCGUAGCUCUACCGACAAUGCAGCCGUUCAACAGCGACUCGAUAGUCAGAUCCGUGAAUCACAAAGGAACUUGAGCUAUCUAGAGGAUCGUUACACUGAGCUGCAGAACCGGGUUAUGCAGACGGGCAUGGAAGGGAUGAGUAUGAACGACGGAGGAAAUUAUGGGGGGUACCAACAACCUCUGGCUCCCCCGAAUCCACCGUUUGCUAGUCAACAACCGAGAACUAAAACAAACUACUCGAAACUUGAUCUCAUCAAAUAUGAUACUCCACAUCUUGGGCCCCGCAUUCAAUUGAUGUUAUCGCAAUUGGAAUUCAAACUAAGCGUGGAGAAACAGUAUAAAGAAGGAAUUGAGAAAAUGGUAAAGCUUUAUCAGCUUGAAGGAGAUCGCAAAAGCAGACAAGAUGCCGAGAGCAAACGGAUAGAAAGUGCCCAGAAAAUCCAGUUGUUGAAACAGGCGUUGAAGCGAUACGAAGAUCUUCACGUUGAUAUGGAUUUUGGCGACGAGGCAGAUGAUGACAGUAUAAAUGCUCCUAAUAUCCGCCGUCCUCUUACUGGUCGCCUGAGAAUCCGUGUUCUCGCUGUGAAGGACGUUGACCAUGCGACCACUUCACGAUUCGCCAGAGGACCUGAAACCUUUGUGAUAAUUAAAGUUGAAGAUAUUGUACGUGUUAGAACAAAGUCGACCAGGAACGACAAGUGGCUUGACGAAAACCAUGAUAUUGAUGUGGACAAAGCCAAUGAGAUCGAGAUGACAAUUUACGACAAGCCAGCAGAUCAUCCGAUGCCGAUUGGUCUGUUGUGGAUCCGGAUAUCCGAUAUUGCUGAGGACUUGAGAAGAAAGAAAGUAGAGCAAGAAAUCUCCGGCUCUGGGUGGGUGAGUGCGGAAACAAUGGAAAACAGUGGACCCAGGCCGAACGAGAGUCAAUACGCGUUCAACGCCGGAGGACUUCCUGGCCCUGCAGCUGCAGGAGCUGGAGGAGCCGGAUUAUAUGCCAACACUACAGGACGGCCUCAACCAACUCAGCAACCUGGAGAGGUGUGUAUUGAUGCGUGGUUUGCAUUGGAACCUGUCGGACAAGUUCACCUCUCACUAAGCUUUGCCAAAUUUAACCAGAACAAGCGUCCGCUGGAUCUUGGACUUGGGAGAAAAGGUGCUGUUCGUGCGCGCAAAGAAGAGGUUCACGAAAUGUAUGGCCAUAAGUUUGUGCAACAGCAGUUCUACAACAUCAUGCGUUGUGCGCUUUGCAGCGAUUUUCUCAAGUAUUCGACGGAAUGCGCUCUCACUUGUCACGCUCAGUGUGCGCAUCUGGUUCCUGAUUUCUGUGGUAUGUCCAUGGAAGUCGCGAAUCAAAUUCUCUAUGAGAUGAAAAAAAUGAGAAAGAAGUCAACUUUGCUGGACGGUGCCAAGGCCCCAUCAUCGCCAUUGUCCCAGAGACCACAAAGCGACCCAUAUGGUGCUGGAUUGGACUCAAGAAAUUCAAUCCAGAAGGAACCACAGCGUCAGAGUCAACCUGCAUAUGGUGCGCCAUCUUCACCAUCGGCCGUAUCAGCAGCAACUGCUGCAUAUGGUGCUUCUCAGUCACCAACCCGUUUAUCACAGCAACAGCAAGCUUACCCGCAGCAGCAACAACAGCGUCCCCCGCAACAAAGGACGGAUUCUACAACCGCGGCAGCUGCAGCGCUGGCUGCCCAGCGCCCACCGUCAGUUCCGCCAUCCCCUGGUACAUAUGGAAGGCAGUCUGCGGACUAUUAUAAUCCGCAAGCAUCUCGUAUGUCAGGAGCUCCAGCGUCGCCGGUUGCCCAAAAGCCACCCAUGAGUGAAUUGCAAGGUUCGUAUGGACAAAGCUCAGACUAUCCAAAUCCCUAUGCCCAACAGGCCCAACAGCCACAAGCGCCACAAAAAUCGUCACCGCCUCCAUCACAAUCUCCAUAUGAGCACCAGGAACCUCCUAUUCCGCAUCAACAAUCCUACCCCGAGCCUGUACCAGCCCAGCAGCAGCAGCAGCAGCAACAGCCGAAGCAACAGCAACAGCAACAGCAACAACUACAGCCGCAACAGCCACAACAGGUACAACAGCCACCACAGACACAGAUCGCUACAUUUCCACCAAAGGGUGCACCUCCUAGUGCUGCAUCGCGGCCGCAAAAGAUAGGGCUGGAUCAUUUCAACUUUCUUGCUGUUCUCGGGAAAGGUAAUUUCGGUAAAGUGAUGUUGGCGGAAACCAAAGGAACAAAGAAGCUGUAUGCCAUCAAGGUUUUGAAGAAGGAGUUUAUUAUUGAAAAUGACGAAGUCGAAAGUACGAGAUCUGAAAAGCGGGUUUUCUUGGUGGCCAAUAAGGAGCGCCACCCUUUUCUACUCAAUCUACAUGCCUGCUUUCAGACCGAAACACGUGUAUACUUCGUCAUGGAAUAUAUCAGUGGAGGAGAUCUGAUGUUGCAUAUCCAGAGAGAGCAAUUUGGAGCAAAGAGGGCGCAGUUUUACGCAGCUGAGGUUUGCUUGGCGUUGAAGUACUUCCAUGAGAACGGAGUUAUAUACCGUGAUUUGAAGCUCGAUAAUAUUCUUCUCACACUUGAUGGGCACAUUAAGAUUGCAGAUUAUGGGCUAUGCAAGGAGAAUAUGUGGUACGGUUCUACCACAAGCACAUUUUGCGGUACUCCUGAGUUUAUGGCUCCCGAGAUUCUUAUGGACAAACGCUACGGUCGUGCAGUUGAUUGGUGGGCAUUUGGGGUUUUGAUCUACCAGAUGUUGCUCCAGCAAUCGCCAUUCCGAGGCGAGGAUGAAGAUGAGAUCUACGAUGCCAUUCUUGCUGAUGAGCCGUUAUAUCCGAUUCACAUGCCGCGUGACUCAGUAUCAAUCCUGCAGAAACUCUUGACAAGGGAACCCGAGUUGCGUCUGGGUUCUGGCCCCACAGAUGCACAGGAAAUUAUGUCUCACGCAUUCUUCAACUCUGUGAAUUGGGAGGAUAUUUACCAUAAGAGAAUACCGCCACCAUUCAAACCUCAGAUCACUUCUGCCACCGACACAUCCAAUUUCGACCAGGAGUUUACUAGUGUUACCCCUGUUUUGACACCUGUGCAUUCUGUUCUUACUCAAGCUAUGCAAGAGGAGUUUCGCGGGUUUUCUUACGUGCAUGAUUUUGUUUAA